GGCGGGGCCAGCGUGAUAGCAACAUCCGGGAAGAUGGCGGCUUCGUCCCCGCUGUGGAGGCGCAGAGUGUCGGCUCUCAGUCCGGCUGGUUUCGCUACACAGCUCCGGAGGGAUCUCCGGGGGACAUGUCCGCUGGGAGGACGGCGGCUGUCAUGCACGCAAGCAGGAGGACAGCUCCGGCCACUAGAGGGCGUCAGAGUAUUGGACUUGACCAGGGUUCUAGCGGGUCCCUUCGCCACCAUGAUUCUGGGGGAUCUGGGAGCCGAGGUCAUCAAAGUGGAGCGACCCGGGGCGGGCGAUGACACCAGAGCCUGGGGUCCUCCCUUCAUCGGAGCAGAGAGCGCCUACUUCCUCAGCGUCAACAGAAACAAACAGAGCAUCUGUGUGGACCUGAAGAACCCCAGAGGAGUAGGACUCAUCCAGCAGCUUGCAGGAGUGUGUGACGUGCUGGUGGAGAACUACAUCCCAGGGAAGCUGCACCAGUUGGGUUUAGGAUCCGAGCAGCUCUGUAGAAUGAACCCACAGCUCAUCUACUGCUCCAUAUCAGGCUACGGACAGACUGGUCCUCAGGCUCAGACUCCAGGCUAUGACUCCAUCCUCUCUGCCGUGUCGGGCAUGAUGCACAUCACGGGGCCGGAGGGCGGUGAGCCGGUGCGUCCGGGCGUCGCCAUGACGGACCUGGCGACGGGGCUUUACGCUCAUGGAGCCGUCAUGGCCGCCCUGCUGCAGAGACACAGGACGGGGAGGGGAGCGCACAUCGACUGCAACCUGCUGUCUGCACAGGUCUCCUGUCUCAGCCACAUUGCAGCUAACUACCUGAAUGCAGGUAAGGAGGCGAGCCGCUGGGGGACGGCCCACGAGAGCAUCGUACCUUAUCAGGGCUUCUCAACCAAAGACGGACACAUCGUUGUGGCCGCAGGAAACGACGAGCAGUUUGUCAAAGUCUGUCAUGUUCUGCAGCUGCUGGAGCUCACGGACCGACCGGAGUACAAGACCAACAGGCUGAGAGUCGAGAACCGCAAACAACUACUGCAAACACUGUCUCAGAGGUUUCUGCAGGAGAAGACAGCUGAUUGGCUGAGGAGGUUUGAGGGCUCUGGUGUUCCUUUUGGACCAAUCAACACCAUCCAGGAAGUCUUCUCUGAUCCUCAGGUGAAACACAACGGCCUCAUACAGGAGAUGAAUCAUCCAACAGCCGGACACAUCACUGUACCGGGUCCAGCAGUUCGUUUCAGCAGCUUCUCCCAUGAUGAGCCGACGCCCCCUCCUCUGAUUGGCCAGCACACGGUGCAGGUAUUGCGACACACCUUAUCCUACAGCGAUGACGUCAUCAAAACACUGCUGGAGUCAAAGGUGGUGACGCAGAAUGAAGUGUCCUGAUUGGCUGAGAGAGAGAACCAAUAAGAACAAAUGUUCCUGAGUUCAUAUGAGUCAAUAAGAGCGUAAUCAUUAUUACUAUUAUUAUAACUAUGACUAUUAUUACUAUUAUAAGUAUUACCAUUAUUAUUACUAUUAUUAUGAUUAUUAUUACUCGUAUUAU